UCUAAGGUGCUAUAUAAAUAUAAAUAUAUUGAAAUUAUUCAUCUUGACCAAACUCCAAACCUAGAUGGUCUGGUGUGCCGUGCCUACCUCCGAUACCAUCAGUAAAGAAACCAAACUCAUCGGAUUUCAAUUCACACUCUCCUCUUUCUCUCUCUCUAAGCAAAAACCAACGGUAUAGUAGUAAAUAAAUAUUUUCUUUUCAUUUUUAUUUUAUUGUUAUUUAUAAAAAAUCAAAUAUCCCAAUCGCUUUCCGUCCUUUUUUUUCUCUCACUAAUCCCCUCGAAAAUUCAUCUUUCUUUUCCUUCCAUUUUCCUCCCUCCGAUUCAACUCAUUCCCAAAGAAAAAAAAAAGAAUUUUUUUUUACCACCACACCACCACAAUCAUCAUCGUCGUCGCCAUCAAUUCAAUCUCCGGUCAUCGAUGGAUCUCAGGUUUUUCCUGACCGUACGAUGAUUCUGGAGGUUCAAUUUCACGAUGGGAUUAAAAUCCGUCGGUGAAUACCUCAGAAUCGUAGCGUAGUAUUGCCAAAAAAUUGUGGGAAUUUGUGAGUUCGAAUUGAAAAUUAGGGUCUGGUUGGGUCUGUUUCUUUUGCUGUUUGGGUGAUGGAUGAGGUUAGACCUGAAGGUAGUAGUAGUUGUAGUACUGAAGCGGAGCAGACUCAGUCCAGAGACACGAUUGUUGAAACGGCGCCUUCUUUCUCUCCAUCAGGAUGGUGUCCCAGGGAGCUUGCCUUUGCUCCUUUUGUGCCGCUGGUUGAAGACCAGCAACAAAAAGAAGAUAAACGAGUUAAUGCUGCUGGAAAGUUCUCAAAGUAUCGUGCAUUUGUUAGGAAGCCUUUGGUGGCAAGAUUGACCAAGGAAAUAGUUGAAACAUAUCAAAUAUGCAAUCCACAGUUUAAAUAUUCCGAAGAUCUAAAUCCAAAGAGAUUUUUGACCAGCCCAUCUACCGGAGUGCUUAAUGAUGGCUAUGAUAAUCUAAACUCAGAUCUUAUUCUGACAGUGAAUUUGGUCUUGAUUCAUGUAGAGAAAAGUAGAAGAUAUACUGUCAAAGAUCUCCUUGGCCACGGGACAUUUGGACAAGUGGCCAAAUGCUGGGAUUCAGAUACCAACAGUUUUGUUGCUGUGAAGAUCAUUAAAAAUCAACCUGCAUACUAUCAACAGGCGCUGGUUGAAGUAACUAUUUUAACAACGCUAAAUAAGAAGUACGACCCUGAGGAUAAGCAUCACAUUGUUCGUAUAUUUGAUUAUUUUGUAUAUCAGCGGCAUUUGUGCAUAUGCUUUGAACUGCUGGACACAAACCUGUAUGAGCUUAUCAAAAUGAAUCAUUUUAGGGGAUUGUCACUUGGUAUUGUUCAGCUGUUCUCCAAGCAGAUUUUAUGUGGAUUGGCUCUAUUAAAAGAUGCUGGCAUUAUUCAUUGUGAUCUGAAGCCAGAAAACAUUCUUUUAUGUGCGAGCACUGUGAAGCCAGCAGAAAUAAAGAUUAUUGACUUUGGAUCAGCAUGCAUGGAAAACCGCACUGUAUAUUCCUAUAUUCAGAGUCGAUACUAUAGGUCUCCUGAGGUUCUUCUUGGAUAUCAAUACACAACAGCUAUUGAUAUGUGGUCCUUUGGGUGCAUAGUGGCGGAAUUAUUUCUCGGAUUACCAUUAUUCCCUGGGGCUUCAGAAUUUGAUCUUUUGAAAAGGAUGAUUGAAAUAAUUGGAGGACAACCACCUGAUUAUGUACUACGUGACGCUAAAAACACUAGUAAAUUCUUUAAGUGUAUUGGGAGUCUCCAAAACAUAGAAAUCAGCGAGGGUUCCAAAAAUGGAAGUGUUUAUCAAGCAUUGACAGAGGAAGAAUAUGAAGCUAGAGAUUUGAAGAAGCCAUCAAUUGGAAAAGAGUAUUUUAAGCAUAUGAAUCUUGAAGCAAUUGUUUCAAACUACCCCUACAGGAAAAACCUACCUCAGGAAGAUAUUGCCAAAGAAAGUCAAAUACGAUUGGCUCUUAUUGACUUUUUGAGAGGGCUUGUUGAAUUUGACCCUGCAAAACGUUGGUCUCCCUUUCAGGCUUCCAAACACCCUUUUGUAACUGGGGAACCUUUUACUCACCCUUACAGACCUUCCCCCGAGACACCUCACAUUCCGGUAGUUCAAAAUAUCAAGGUUGAUAAUCAUAAAGGUGGAGGGCACUGGUUUGCUGCUGGCCUAUCACCAAAUGUUGCAGGAAAAAACAGAGCUUCCCUCUAUAGUAGUCCACAUUUUCAGAUGGUGCAACAUCCACCUGCAAAUAGUUUUGGUAGUGUUGGAAGCCAUGGGAGCUAUAAUGAUAAUGCUGGGCUUGGAAGCAGCUAUGGCAGUUAUGGAGAGAGCAGUAACAUGUUUGCUUAUUAUUCACCUAUUGGUCCAUCUGGCAUGAAUAUGCACAGUCAGGGUGGUAUGGCAAUGCUUGGAAAUAGUCCUGAUGCUCGAAGAAGAGUUAAGUACCAACCGGGGAAUGGAUUGGGUGUAAGUCCAUCUGGUGGAAAUUUUGCUCCCUUGCCUCUUGGUGCCAGUCCAUCUCAAUUUACUCCACCAAGUUCAUAUAGUCAGAUUUCAGUUGGUUCACCAGGACAUUUUGGACCUACAUCUCCUGCAAGAGGAACCUCUCAUGGAUCCCCUUUAGGCAAGUCGGCUGCAGUUAGCCAGUUUAAUAGAAGGAAAAACUGGGGGCAUUCUGGAAGUCCACAAACCCAAGAAACAACUUUUUCUUCACAUUGGCAUGGUCAAUAUCCUGAUAGCUUAAGUCAAGCUGAGGGAACAUCACAGGCUCCUGGCAGUUCACCAUCAUAUCUACAAUCAAAUAUUAAUCCUGGAAACUGGAAGCAGCGUGGAAGCUUAUCUGCUAAUCAGAACAUUCCAUCCAUGAUUAUGCCUGGUUCUAAUAUGAACUCACAAUCAACUGAAUUGCUUCAUGACAAUAUGGAGACAGGUUUUUCACUGCCUGACCCUGGAGAUUGGGACCCUAAUUAUAGUGAUGAACUUCUUCUGCAAGAAGGUGGUUCAGAUGAAAGCUCUUUGACAACUGAGUUUGGCAGAAGUAUGAAUCUUGUUUCCAGUGAACCAUGGUCUGGAUUCGGAAGGUUGGACCAUGUCUCCAACUCAAGUUCUCCAAUAACCAUGCAGAGACUAAAUGGACCUGGUCAAACAUUUUCUAAUGUUGAGAUGGGUAGCUCCCCAACACAUGAUCCCCAAGCAGCAUAUAUACCUUCUAUCUCAAAGCCUUUUCAUCUCAUGCCGCAUGUUUUACAAAAUUCUCCAAGCCGUUUUGGACACCAAUCUGUUCAAAGAUUUACACAUGGUAGACCUCCUCAGGGUAGUGACUGGAAUCAAAUUAAGAUUCAGGCUCCUUCUGGUUUCAGCAAUGUGGGCCCGCGUUCUCCCAGGAAUGCCUCAUUCACCGGCAGUAUGACGUGGGGGCGAAGAAUGAAUCCUCCUAUCUCAAGCAUUCCUCCUAUCUCAAACAUACCGCCCUCAUCUCGUUCAAGAAAAGACUAUGCAAGGAUAGACUAGCACUAGUCUUGAUUGGCUUGGCUUUUUUUAUUUAUUAUUAUUACUUUGGUUCAUGACAAGGAUGCUUUGUAGAAGCAGAGAAAAGAAGGGAGUUGUAUGGGGAAAAAGAAAAAAAGCCCAGUAGUAAUCCUUUCCUUACAAACCCUUCUAUAUCAUUUGUUGUGCUUGUGCUUGCGCUUGAACAUAAUUUAUGGUUAUAGUUUGCAUGUCAUUGAUCACUUACUGGGUGGGGCAUUGGUAUCUAGUAAUUCAAAGGCACUAGAGUUGGUCGCAUGCUUAAUUUUCUAAUAUUCAAUGCCAUUUUCUGUCUUUUAUUGUAUUAUUAGAGGCCUUGGAGGCUUAAAAAAAAUUGAUCUCUUCUACCUAUUAGUUUGUACUCUUAAAGCUAGGGACCCAUACAUGUGGUCGUUCUUUCAUCAGUUUCAUCAGAUUCUUCCCAUCUGAACUAUAAUAUAUUUGAUUUAUUUGGUGUGCUAGAGUGCUAGCUGCCUUGAAUAUGAA